CGACAAUCCAGUCGCUGGCUCAAGCACAAGCGCCUAGGCACUCUGGCCCCUUGCAGCUCGGGACAACCAAUAGAAAAUUAGAACUUGAACAUGCAGAAGUUACCAACACCUGACAGGAUGCCUUGGUUAAAGCAUGGGUGUAGCCAAUUGAUGUAUCUACUGGGGUUUAGUUAUCUCUUAAAUGAUGUGGUGAAUUUUAGAGCCGGCAGUUAACUCUACUAUUGAACUUGCUAUGAUGGAGUAAUGGUUGAGUCAUUGGGCAAAAGCUAGGACUAGGACUGAGGGCUGGUUCUCAGGACUUUGCAUCGUUUCCUGUGCUGGAGCUCGACGAUUGCAUUGGCGCCCGCUGCCUUCUCUCUCCGGUUUUCUCUCUCUUCCACCUAUGAUUUCUAUAAUAUGGAUGCUUGUAUCGCUGGCUUAUCAUACUCUAUUAUACCUGCUCUAAGGAGGGGUUUCCUCCUAAAAUAAUGAAUCUGGAUAAAAGUUUUUUUUUUUUUUGAGGGAGGUAGUAGAUGGAGGGAGGAGAUGAGUAGUCCCGGCUGCCUCGCACUCGGCUGGGCUCGACAAUACGCAUCGCGUUCGGGAAUCUUUCCUCGUUUUCUCCCCUUUAACUAGCACGAUUUGCAUACGGAGUACUCCCUAUACACUCAUGACUGGAUCAUCAGAGCCAAACUUCUCACACACACGCUGACGCCUGAGUGCUGACCGGUGCGCGCCGGCCGAAAAUGGACGACGCCCAUUCCUCGCAGUCGCCGCUGCACGUCGUCAUCUUCCCGUGGCUCGCCUUCGGCCACCUGCUCCCCUGCCUUGACCUCGCCGAGCGCCUCGCCGCGCGCGGCCACCGCGUGUCCUUCGUCUCCACCCCGCGCAACCUCGCCCGCCUCCCGCCGGUUCGCCCCGAGCUGGCAGAGCUCGUCGACCUCGUGGCGCUCCCACUGCCGCGCGUCGACGGGCUCCCCGACGGCGCCGAGGCCACCAGCGACGUCCCGUUCGACAAGUUCGAGCUUCACAGGAAGGCGUUCGACGGGCUCGCCGCGCCGUUCUCCGCGUUCCUCGACACCGCGUGCGCCGGCGGCAAGAGGCCGGAUUGGGUUCUCGCCGAUCUCAUGCAUCACUGGGUCGCUCUGGCAUCUCAGGAGCGCGGGGUGCCGUGCGCCAUGAUCCUCCCCUGCUCCGCAGCCGUCGUGGCCUCGUCUGCUCCGCCAACCGAGUCGAGCGCGGACCAGCGCGAGGCGAUAGUCCGGUCCAUGGGCACGGCGGCGCCGAGCUUCGAGGCGAAGCGCGCCACGGAGGAGUUCGCGACGGAAGGCGCCUCGGGGGUGUCCAUCAUGACCCGCUACAGCCUGACGCUGCAGAGGUCCAAGCUCGUCGCAAUGCGGAGCUGCCCCGAGCUGGAGCCCGGCGCGUUCACGAUCCUGACGAGGUUCUACGGCAAGCCGGUCGUCCCGUUCGGCCUGCUCCCGCCACGGCCGGACGGCGCCCGCGGCGUCAGCAAGAACGGCAAGCACGACGCAAUCAUGCAGUGGCUCGACGCUCAGCCGGCCAAGUCGGUCGUCUACGUCGCGCUGGGAAGCGAGGCGCCGAUGAGCGCGGACCUGCUGCGCGAGCUGGCUCACGGGCUGGACCUCGCCGGGACGCGCUUCCUCUGGGCCAUGAGGAAGCCCGCCGGCGUCGACGCGGACAGCGUCCUACCAGCGGGGUUCCUGGGCCGCACCGGCGAGCGCGGGCUGGUCACGACGCGGUGGGCUCCUCAGGUGAGCAUACUGGCGCACGCCGCCGUGUGCGCGUUCCUGACGCACUGCGGGUGGGGCUCCGUCGUCGAGGGGCUCCAGUUCGGGCACCCGCUGAUCAUGCUGCCGAUCUUAGGCGACCAAGGCCCGAACGCGCGGAUUCUCGAGGGGAGGAAGCUCGGAGUGGCGGUGCCGAGGAACGACGAGGACGGGUCGUUCGACCGAGGCGGCGUCGCCGGAGCCGUCCGCGCCGUCGUGGUGGAGGAAGAGGGGAAGACGUUCUUCGCCAAUGCCCGGAAGCUGCAGGAGAUCGUGGCGGACAGGGAGCGCGAAGAGAGGUGCAUCGAUGAAUUUGUCCAGCAUUUGACGUCUUGGAAUGAGCUGAAGAACAAUUCAGACGGCCAAUAUCCGUAGUAGGGUAUAUACUGUACUCGGUGAAAGCUAGCCAACUUGGCUACACAUGUUUUGAGGUUUUGGUUAUGUGCUUGUUUGGUUCAGAUCGAAAAAUACUCCUACUAUCCAGAAAACACAAAACUGUGUGCUUCUACACAGUGCAAGUGUCGAUUUUUCUCGCUGAUUCGACGACCCGAGUGUAGCGGGGCCGGCAUUGCUUGUCUCUUCCCCAUUCGGGCGGCUACCGGGGUGAACUUGUAAAUGACGCGGGGACCGGCUGCUCGUGGGAGUUAAUUCGGUGGGGAUCCACCGGGACUGCGAGUCCUAUGCGGCGAAGGAGGCAGGCAGCCAGCCAGCCAGCCAUAGUUUUCAAUCGGUUCCCUUCGUCGGCCGUCUUGUUCCCGUUGGUGGGCGUUGUUUAGAUUUUGGGCCUAAUUCUUUUGUGAAAGCUAGCACAGGCCCAACUGGCGGCCUAGCGCACCUUCACGUUAAGUGAAGUACAAACAGAACUACUCCCUCCGGCUUGAUUAUACUUGUCCUUUUUUACAAGAGCACGGUAUCCAAAAAAAAUAGCUUUGAUAAUUAUUUUCUAUUUAGUAUAUAUAGGAAUAUCAACAAAUAUAUGAUUUUAUUGAAGUACUUUUUAAAACUAAUCUACACAUAUGGUUUCCAUAUUUUUAACAUAAAUAUUUUAGAAAUUAUUUAUAGUUAAAGAUUUUAAAAUUUGACUUUAUCCUUAUUCAAAACGACUAAUAUUAUCAGUUCGAAAGGAGUAGUUCUAAAUGUAUCCAUGUCUGACUGUGUUCUAAAUGUAUUUGCAUAUUAUUUGUACUAAUUAGUUUUGGUAUUUCUUUUAUAUCUUAAUAACAAAUAUUACUAUAAUUAGAUGCUUUAGAGAAGGUACUUAACUCAACAGAUCAAAAUGGUGUACAGUUAAUUAUACUCGGGCAGGCACUCGCCACCGAGGCCAUUGGCGCCUUUGCUGUCCAAACGGUAAAGGCCACAUGCUCAUUAGUCUGAUUCAGUUGAUUUCAGGAUAAUCUUGAUUCUGGAGAGCAGGGCAUCUCAUCUUCGGUCGCACUUUGCGCGACUGAAGAUGUCUGUUUAAGAAGCAUGUAUACGUGGACCAUUACAUAUCAAACAUGGUUUUAACAAAGAGCAUUAGUUGAGCUUGCAAGUGAAAAAGGCAAGAUGAAAUCAGUCAACUAUUACACUCAAAAUCAAAGAAACUCUUAUUAAACCUGAUCGUUGGUUUAAGAUAAUUGGCGGCAGUGUUGUAGUUGUCUUGCUGUCAGUGAAUCCACUCAUUUCUCUUCUUCAAACUGAUCAUCCACAAGAAGAACAUGACAUAUUUGCUUAGUUAGCUGCAAUAAGUAUGUAGCUCACCUGAACCUCCAUAAGGACCAUGUAACGCUGCAGAGGGACCUGGAACUGCCGUACGUUUUGCAGCAGCCUCUUCUCCUGUAGGAGGAGACAUACUUCAGUGAUAUAUACCAGCAAGGCAGCAAUAUUAUCAGAUCAAAUAUGCGCUAAGGAGGUGGAGAAAGGAGAAUACCUGAAGUUCCUGAGGCAGGACUACGAGAGGCAGUAAAACCCAAGGGUAGUGCGUCCCGCUCUUUCUUCAUGAAUGAGAGCCCCUUUUUGUGUUGUAGAUCUUUCAGAAAAGAGUGCUUGCUAAAAAAACACCAAGUAGCAAUUGACACUUUUCUUUUUGAAUUUUCAAGAAUUUGUAGAAAGAUUAAUCAGUACAACAUUAGAGAUUGCAUGUAUAUGUAGUGCUAAAGUAUUCAGCCAACCCGUCAUCAAUUCAAAGCUCUUUGACAAAGUUCCAUGUCCUAUUUGGAACAUAUAAUCGACCUUCUAUUGAAAGUUAUACUAAUAAUAUUGUUCAGACUUAACAAUGGCUUUGAAAUUAAGUGGUUCCUUUAUCUCGUUUAUGUUCUUUUGCACUAUUCAGACAAACAAAAAUUCGUGAAUUCCACAAUCAGCAUAUUUUUGCGGAAGAGCUGUGCCUCUGUUUCCAACAACUGUGACUGUACUGAAGUUUUUUAUAUAGGAAUCUCCUCCACCCAUGGUAGGAUCAAAUAAGAGGCUAAUUAUAGAAUCUACAUAUUUGUCACACGCACAAAAGAAUGGUUUCCUCCAUCUUGAGUUGAGCAGCCUGCUUCCUCCUGUGUGACUCAGCUAACAAUUGAAAUUGAACUAACACCAUUUUGACAUGAGGCCAGCAUGAGUUUAGCACUUCUAGAUAUAUAUUUUUUUUCAACUCAAUAAGUGAGAAGCACUGUCCCUUGCUGAAUUAAAUUGACGAAUUAUUGUGAGGAUGCGUAUGUUCUUUCUUGCACCUUAAAACAUCUUUCGCUUAGACAAAUGUUUUUAUUUCUAAUUAUUAUCAAAGCUGAAUGAUAUGUUCUUAGUGCUUCCAUUAUAGUAUGAUAUAGAAAUGCUAAUUUCAGCUCUUGCCCUUUAUUACUCAUCAUUAUAGCUUAUAUAAUAAGGUCUGAAUUUGUCAAACUGAAGCGCGAAGUAGAUAGUUUUCCAAUAUAUAUCGUGAAUUAAUGGUCAUAAAUAUUGUGGUAAUAACAGAAAACCAGAUAGGUUGAUAUGAAUCAUUCAUUGAAAAUCUGAAUAUGAGUUUACAAAGGCAAAAAUUUAAUCAGCAAUUGGCUGGUGCCCCUUAUCGACGUUUUCAGGUUCACUAAAAAGAAAGUAAAUUCAAUAGAACAACUUUGCUGACAGUAAGGAGCUAUGCAAAUCAAACUAUGCUGUACCUUAUCAUGGCUAAUUUGGACGACUUGAUACUGUGAAUAUGUGUUGUCAGUGCUGCACAUGAGUAAAGACUUGUCAAGAAUGAUGAUAUGGUAUUAACAAUUCAAUGCCAAUCCAGCAAGCAUACGAAACAAUUAGUCUGAAUAUCAAAUAUGUGUUCCCAUACAACAAUUGGAAGGGUUCGAUUCAGUCAUCUCCUUGGAAACAAAGAUAUCUCUUCUUUUUUUUUUGUUCCUGUAUCUGAAGUAGGAAAAAUCAGCAAACCAGCAAAAUAAUCUAUUUGUAGAAACUAUAGAGAAAAAGAAUUGACAGAGAUGAUAAUACACUUAAUGAUUCACUUAGAUUGCAGCCCGCCGCUCCCAACAUCCUACCCAUGGUAGGAC